AAGAUGGCCCGAUAUCGAAGAACACGCAAAAAAAUUGGUUCAUUCCAAUUUCUCUUAAUUUUCCUUAUUGCUACUGUUCAAGAAAUAUCCUCAGAGCGAUGGGUGAUGGUUUUCCGUGGAGCAGGCGGAGUAAUUGGUGGAAGCAAUGAUAUAUACAAUCUAUGGACUCGGAGUGGAACUAGAGGAGUAGGUGUCUCUUGUGCCAACAAAAUCGGUCGGCGGUGUGGCACACAUUACAAAAAUAAAUUGGUGGAUAGAUGGACUGAGAUGACAGUGAAUAAAGUUAAACUUGCUGUGUACAAGAGUUCCGUUGAACAGAAACGAAUAGAGUUUUCAGGAUAUGGAACGAACAAGAUGAACUGGAUGUCCCAACACAGGAUUUCAUAUUCGUCAUACAGUGAUAUGCAUAGCUGGGAUGCUUACAAUUAUUUUGGUAUAACAAGUGACAACCACCUGGACCGACACUUCAUGAUUAACAGGAACUACGGAGGUUGCGGGGUAGAUGUUGGGUGGCUGGUGGUCACACAAGGAACAUGCUGUGAUUGGGACAAACAUUCUACUCGUCCUCACAUAGUGUACAGUUGUGGAAGUACCCGUACUAAAUGGCUGGAUCACGGUUUCAGAGGAUGUACUGCAGAUGAGUUUGCAAUUUAUGUUGACGCUCAAGAUAAAUGCAGGAUUCCACAAUGUAGUGAACCAAACAUUGAUUGUUACCUGAGAUCUACUGGGAAAUGUGAUAAAUGCGAUCCAGCACUACCUGUAAAAAGCAUUCGUGGAGGUCAAGAAUGUGCUUGGAUGUGUUCCCAUUUAAACAGAGAGUGCUGGCCUGGAACAUGUGACUCGGACAAUCUAGCGAGUUCUUGCACCUGUACGGAUGGUUUUAUCACAUCCAAGGACAACACAAAAUCCAAAUGCAUCCUUCAUCGUCCCCCCUCUAUAUCGACAUGUUUUGCUGGAGUUGGAGGAAUUCAUGGGGAACACGUUAUGCUGAAGAAAACGAAUCGUUCAUCGCGUUGUGAGGAUCAGAGGGACAAUUUUAUCAAUUUCGUGGUGAACAAAAUUAACUACGAAAUACAAUUCACUCUCACUAUAACACCUCCUACCGCCAAGCCUGACUACAUACACGACUUUCAAUACGGAGUGGGUGGUGGUCGUAUUGAGUUACGUAAGAUAACACGUCUAGGUAGAGUUCGUCGCAUUUAUGUCCAUGAUCUUGGGUCAGACAAUGUCACUGAACAGAACAUUAAGGAUACAGUGAACCUGAAGCAACAAAAUAGUACAUCAGUUAUCCAAAUGGAAAAUGGCGAAAGGCUAUGCUUCAAUUUCAAAGCAAUCGGCAAAGGGUAUGUAAGAACGAUCAAUAAAUACGAUCACCAUGCAGUAUCCUCCAAACAAUAUCAAGGAGAAACAACAGAAAGCAGAGAAGUAUGCUUCUGGUAUGACAGACUAAGUCCAGUCCACUGCAAAAUACUUAAAAAUUGCUCAGGUUUAGAUAUAAUGCAGAUUGACAACCCGAUUACAAGGUCGCCUGCAAUAAAUAUCGGUAUUGAUGGUUGGAAAGAUCAGGAUGUAUUUAAAAGCUCAAGGGUUAAUGCCUCUGGUAUACGACACUAUGAAAUAACUGUAUAUAGAAUAAGUGGUGAUGGUACUGAACUUAAAGUUGACACUAAAGCAGAUGCAAAUAAUACUAGAGUUUCAAACGAUUCGAAACUUCAACACGUUCGAUUUUCCGGCUGUGGUCUGUAUGAAAUUCGGUUGGAAGUUGUGGAUAAUGCUGGGGAGGGGAAUACACAAAUGGCCAGAAGAUUUGCUCUUUUCGAUAACUGCUCAAAAAUUCAAAAAGAUCCAUUGAAAAAAUUUAUUAUUACAACAGCUGAUGAUGUUUCAAGCAAGAUUUGGCAAACCAAGAAAAGAAAGCUUUGUUUUGACUGGACUGGGCGAUUUUAUAAUACCCUUCACAAAGACACUAAUCUUCUCAAAGCGAUUGAGAAAAAUGUUUUGAUAUCUGAAGAUUAUGAAGACAACGAUUAUCCUUUGCCUAGAAAUGGGACUGUUAAUGUUGAUGGCAUUGUCGAAUUUAACUUUACUAUCACAGUAAACGGGGUAAAGAGAAUACUUAAUAAGAGCCAUAGCGACUUGCUGACACAGGCACAAUGUACAAACUUAACACUACACGAUGGGGAUACUGUGAGUGUGGAGGUCAUUGCUACUGAUAUCAUGGGUAACUUUGAUGAAGAUACUGCCGAAGUUUUCAUUGAUACAUCUGUCCCAGAAAUAACUAAUAUAGGCUUAGAAAGGGAAGAAUUUAAAGGCCUUUUUGUACACAACACUGUAGAGCUGUCUAAAAUGAAUAUGGCUUUGACUAUUGAAGAUGUACACAGUGGCAUUCUAUCCGUACAGUGGUAUUUUGGCACCAAGUUAAACUCGAUGGAUAUUGGAAAUGGAACAUUAGCUGUAAAUCGUUUACCUAACGCGACAUUCUGCAACAUGGACAAAGAAUGCUAUUGUCCUUCCCACGGUCCAUGUGAAAAUUCAAGGUACAACAUAGAUAUGUCGAAACUGAUGAGCAAUAAUAAAAACACUGGGCUGCAUAAUAGAGAAUACUUUUUUACUUUCGUCGUCACAAAUAACGCAUUUUUGCAAAUCAUCGAUCAUAUAGAUAUCCUUGUUGAUGAAUCCGCGCCUGUGCAAGGUGUGGUAAGAGAGGGUGCUCCUGGAGAAAAGGACAACGAUUUUACCAACGAAAAUAAUACUAUUGUAAACUGGGAUGGAUUUAUCGACCAUGAGAGCGGAAUAAGGUUUUAUCAAGUCUUCUUGUUCUCAAGAUGCCUCGGAUCGAAUGAAAUAUUAAACCUCGAAGCAAACGAAACCCUUACUACUGUAAAUACAACUAAGAAGUCUGUUCGAUUUUAUUUCCCUAAAAAGGGAAAGUACGUAGCAUCCGUAAUUGCAUUCAAUAAUGCGGGAGAACGUUCAAAGGUUGCCUGUUCAGACGGUAUUACGUACGACUUGUCUCCAGUACAAAUCUUUAAUUUUACGGGACAACGUUUUACAACUAAAGAGGGUAUUGCUUGUGAUGAAAAUGACAACCCUUUUAUAGUUUUGGAUAAUCUUACAAAGAUGCAGUUAAAGAACUUGUCUCGAUGUACUCAAAUUUGUAAAAAUUUUACAUUUCCGGGAUUUAUUAAGAAUUUGCCUCAAGUUUACAAUGAAGAUGUAGAUGAGAUAUACUCUCAGGGGAUCUGUGAAAAAAUUCCUCCAUUCCACAAUCGAGAAAUAUAUGUUCCGUCGGAUAAGAUCCAAGUGUCAUGGGAAUUUCGUGAUUUUGAAUCUCAACUAGAUGACUUUUUUGUAGGAUUUGGUCAAUCAGAUUCGGAAUAUCUUAGUCCUUCUCUUCUCUCCUACACAAAAACAUUAGGUAGACCAAGAUAUAUUAAAUAUCAUUCCGGGUUACGAAGUGCAGAAAAAUUUUGGAUGUAUAUCAAAAGCAUAAACAAGGCUGGAGUUGCGGAAACUGUUAGAGUAGGACCAAUGAUUAUUGAUUCUACACCAGUUGUUUUCGUUAAAGAACUAGACUUGGUUAUUGAAAAUGGAAAUAUUUAUAUUGGAUGGCAAAAUGAUACAUUCAUUGAUCAGGAAGAGAUAGAUCCAGUGAAAUCUAUUCUGUUUCGAAUAGGUAAGGGAUCUAAAUUCGUCACCCCUUUUCUGCAGCAUUAUAGUAAAAAUGAUUGUCCACGAUCUAACAUGGCUGACUGCAUUAUAUACCCUAUUCAACGUCUUCAUCUCUCAAAAACUGAGAACUCGGCCGAGUAUUUGGUAGAAGUAAUAGUUACUAACAAAGCAGGUCACAUUGCGAGUGCAAAGUCAAAGACAUUUCGGAUUCCCUCUCAAAUUCCUCCCGGACCGGGUAUUGUUAUUGAUACUGAUUCUUCAGAGUUUUCCGAUCUGGAUUAUCUACUGUAUCCAUCUAAACUGUGUGUAAAAUGGAAGGGAUUUGAACACCAUGAAAAUAUCACGUUUGAAGUUGGAAUCGGAACGAGAAAGGGUAAAGAUGAUGUUAUUCGUUAUACACAAUCGUCUUCAAAAGAAAACCAUU